UUUGUAAAAACCUCUCAAGUGAUUGUGUCGGGUCCGAACAUCGAGAACCUGGCACGUUGGCGAGAGAUAGGCAUUGCAACCACGGACGAUAACUACGAAGUGCUAGACAAGGCGGAUAUUAUUUUCAUAUGCGUAAAGCCACAUAUUCUAACACCGAUGGCUGCUCAAUUAUGUAGUCUACAUUCCCCCACAUUAAAAGACAAAGAUAAACUUUUUGUGUCGGUGCUGGCCGGGGUUAAUCUCAAGACAUUGGAAGAGAAAUUUUCCUUUAUUAAUGGCCUAAAAAUGAUACGCACUAUGCCCAACACACCCAUGCAAAUUGGCGAGGGCAUUACUGUGUACACACCUGGUUCCUAUGUAAAGCAACAGGAUUUGGAGAAAUUACACUUGAUGUUAAACUCCCUGGGCAUCGCCCAGCAAGUGCCGGAAGCUAUGAUAGAUUCUGUUACAGGCGUAGCUGGUUGCGGGCCAGCAUUUGUGUAUACUAUAAUCGAGGCAUUGGCUGAUGGUGGUGUUAAGCAGGGGGUGCCAAGACAAAUGGCGCUGCAAUUUGCGGCACAAAUGCUGCUGGGAUCUGCUAAAAUGGUAAUGCUGACUGGUAAACAUCCAGCGGUGUUACGAGAUGAGGUUUGUUCCCCUGGCGGUGCAACUAUUGUAGGUGUGCAUGAACUGGAAAAAGGCAACUUGCGUGCAACGCUAAUCAAUGCAGUAGAAAAAUCAAGUCAACGUGCAGCUGAGCUUGGCAAGAAAUAAACGUGCGGCUACACUCAUUCCCAUCCAGUAAAAUAAAGCAUUUGUGACAAUUUCACCAUGGAAAAAACUCUCGAACAUUCAUACCUUUAUUCGGUAAAGGCAAUUUUUCAUAAUUUACGUCUAAUCAUACUUAUUAGCUAAAUAAUUAAAUAAAAAGAUUCGUGUUCGCAUUUGCAAAGCUGAUUA